CAAUGGCCAUUCCAGGCUUCCAUUCUGACCCGACUCGACUCCGUAUUAUCUGUCGCGAAAGCUCUGCGAGAACUCGCGCAAGUAGGUCCUCUUCUGCAACUUAAGAAACCCUAGAAACGGACACGGAAUCGUAUAGCUCCCCUCAGUCCGACUCGAAGUUGAUGCAAAGAUGAGUUCACGGAAGAAGACGCCUUUCCAGAAGCAUAGAGAGGAAGAAGAGGCAAAGAAAAAGAGAGCGGAGGAUGAAACAGCUCGAUUGUACCAAGAGUUUCUGGAAUCGUUUCAAGGGGAUAUCACGCCUGGGUCGAAGGCUUUUGUUCGAGGAGGAACCAUCAAUCCCAAUGAGAAAGUGAAGCCUGGUUCUGAAGGUGAAAAGUUCAAAGAUGGGGUAUCUGUUCCAAAGAAGGGAAGUAGGUAUGUUCCAUCAUUCAUACCACCUCCUUUGGCAGCUAAGGGAAAAGAAUCUGAAAAGAAAGAGGAGGAGAAGCCGAAGGAAAAAGAGAAAGGGAAGUCUCGGAACAUAGAUCAUUUUAUGGAGGAGCUGAAGCGUGAGCAAGAAAUGAGGGAAAGACGAAAUCAAGAGCGUGAACAUUGGCGCGAUGGGCGCCAAAAUGAACAUUCUGCUCUAUCUAGUCACUUUGAUGAACUGCCUGAUGACUUUGACCCAAGUGGAAAGAUUCCUGGGUCAUUUGAUGAUGGUGAUCCACAAACUACUAAUCUCUACGUUGGAAAUCUCUCACCCCAGGUUGACGAAAAUUUUCUUCUACGGACUUUCGGAAGAUUUGGCCCUAUUGCUAGUGUGAAGAUAAUGUGGCCUAGGACAGAAGAGGAGCGGAGGCGGCAAAGAAAUUGUGGUUUUGUAGCUUUCAUGAAUAGAGUUGACGGACAGGCUGCAAAGGAUGAAAUGCAAGGAGUUGUUGUCUAUGAAUAUGAGUUGAAGAUUGGAUGGGGUAAGUCUGUUGCUCUACCUUCACAAGCACUGCCUGCUCCUCCACCAGGACAUAUGGCGAUCAGGAGUAAGGAGGGUAGCACUGUAAUUUUGUCUGGUCCAUCAGGCCCACCAAUCACUUCUGUUCCAAGUCAGAAUUCUGAACUGGUUCUUACCCCAAAUGUUCCCGAUAUAAUGGUUUUUCCACCCAAUGACGAUCAUCUCCACCAUGUGAUUGACACAAUGGCUCUCUAUGUUCUGGAUGGAGGAUGCGCCUUUGAACAAGCUAUUAUGGAGAGAGGUCGUGGCAAUCCUCUUUUUGAUUUCUUGUUUGAACUUGGCUCGAAGGAACAUACUUACUAUGUCUGGAGGCUCUAUUCCUUUGCUCAGGGUGAUACCCUUCAAAGAUGGCGAACAGAGCCUUUUAUCAUGAUAACUGGUAGUGGAAGAUGGAUUCCACCACCUUUGCCAACAGUAAAAAGUCCAGAGCAUGAAAAGGAGUCUGGCUCCACGUAUGCUGCAGGAAGAAGCAGGCGUGUGGAACCAGAAAGAACACUUACUGAUUCGCAGAGGGAUGAGUUUGAGGAUAUGCUGCGCGCUUUAACGCUAGAGAGGAGUCAGAUAAAGGAAGCUAUGGGGUUUGCCCUGGAUAAUGCUGAUGCAGCUGGAGAGAUAGUUGAAGUUCUGACAGAGUCUUUGACACUUAAGGAAACUCAUAUUCCAACUAAAGUUGCAAGGCUUAUGCUCGUUUCUGACAUUCUUCAUAACAGUAGUGCUCCUGUAAAGAAUGCGUCUGCUUACCGCACCAAAUUUGAAGCAACAUUACCUGACAUUAUGGAGAGCUUUAAUGAUUUAUUCCGCAGCAUCACAGGAAGGAUUACUGCAGAGGCCCUUAAGGAACGAGUACAUAAAGUGUUGCAAGUCUGGUCCGACUGGUUUUUGUUUUCAGAUGCAUAUGUGAAUGGUUUACGAGCUACUUUUCUUCGACCUGGGAACUGUGGUGUCAUCCCAUUUCAUUCCAUAUGUGGUGAUGCGCCAGAACUAGAAAAAAAGACGAGUUCUGAAGAUACAGGUGAUGGGGGUAAGGCCAACCAAGAUGCUGCAUUGGCAAUGGGCAAGGGAGCAGCUAUGAAGGAGCUAAUGAAUCUUCCCCUUGCUGAGCUAGAAAGACGUUGCAGACAUAAUGGAUUGUCUCUUGUUGGUGGUAGAGAAACGAUGGUUGCACGGUUGCUAAGUCUGGAAGAGGCAGAAAAACAAAAGGGUUAUGAAUUAGAUGAUAACUUGAAAUAUGCACAGAGCCAUUCGAGUUCUGGCAGAUAUUCCAAUAGUCAUAAUAGAGAAAUGAAUAUGGAACCCGAGCUAGUGGGUCUGUCUGGAUGGAACAGUUAUGGAGAGGAUGAUGUGCAGUCACAAGGUGAAGAGUCUGUUCCUUUGGCUCCGACCCUUCCCAUUCUGCAGCCUGAACUAAAAGCUUUCACAAAGAAAGACAAAAAUGAUCCUGUUUUGCCAGCAUCUAAAUGGGCUCGAGAGGAUGGUGAAAGUGAUGAUGAACAAAAGAGUAGUGGUAUGGGUCUGGGAUUGAGCUACUCUUCUUCUGGAAGUGAGAAUGCUGGUGAUAGUCCUAGUAAGGCUGAUGAGAUGGAGUUCGCAACUGGUACAAGCAUCCCCACGCAACCUGACACUGGAAUGAAUGAAGAGCAGAGACAAAAGUUGAGACGUCUAGAGGUGGCUUUGAUAGAAUAUCGUGAAUCGCUUGAAGAGCGGGGAAUAAAAAAUUCAGAGGAAAUUGAGAGGAAAGUUUCAAUUCGUCGGAAACAGCUACUAUCUGAAUAUGGGUUAUUAGAUUCUAACGAUGAUUCUUCAGGGAACAAGAGAACAUCUUCAGAGAGGAGGGGCAGACGGGAUGGUAGCAGUGACUCUUCAAGAAAGCGGCACCGGAGCCAGAGCCAAAGUGAGAGUCCUCCACGAAAAUCAUCAAAUCGAGGCAAGGAAAGGGAACAUGCAUUGAACAGGGACAGGGAAAGACAUAGGGAUAAAGAUAGAACUCAUGAUUUUGAAAGCGAGAGAGGGAAGCGGGAGCGGGAACGGGAACGCGAGAAGAGUGGAAGCAAAGAGAGGGAUGACCCUGACAGGGGUAGAGGCAGAGAAAGAGAGAGAGACAGAGACGGGGAUAGGAGAAGAAGACCAAAGUGAGUUAUUUCUCUGGGUUGGUUUUUGAGAAUUCAGGUGGAAUGUUUUGGAAUGAAGAGAUGCCCAUGUAGUUGGGCCAGGGUGGCUGCCAUGAAAAAGAUUCUGUUUUCACUCUUAUGAAAGAAGAAAUUUCUUUCCAUUUCUUGUAUAAACCCCAUAGAGGAAAUCUGUUUCUGUUAAAUUGUAUCAGAUGUGUCAACAUUGGCCAAGGACCAAGUUCUUAAUUGCUUCCAAGUCUCGUGUUUCUAAAAUCCCA